UUGUUUAGGCUAUAUUGUUUAUUUAUUUAAUGUAUUGUGAUGAUGCGCUAAUAUUUUGCAUACUGCAGGGAACACACAAUUACAAUAGAAAAAGUAUAUUAUUUUUCUUCGAAUAUGUAUUUGAUUCCCGUAGGUUGUGGCACAGUCUGUGAGAGUUUGUAUACCUACACCAAUAUUUAUUAUUAUUGUUUUUUAUUUUUUAUUUUUAUUUAUGUUAAAAACUACAGUCAACUUUCUCAUAUCUCUUUACCUGUUCAUUGGGUGCUCAAUAGUACAAGAAGUUUCACAACUUCAAGAACUGUCUCUUCCUAGAGCUCUUUUGUAGAGGAAAUGGGGAUCAACAAUUCAUUUGCCCUUUUCUGACAACUAUGAGUGAUUUGAUUGCAUAAGAAUGAGAGAUGUUAAUUGCAUUGUGCAUGAACAGGAGAUUUUGCUGUGGCAAUCUGCAUUUAGUCCGCUGUAAUUCUACAUACCUAUGUUUUGUCCUCUAUUAAAUGCUUUGAGUGUCACAUGUAGCUCAGAAAUGGUGUAGUUCUGAUGUUGACAUCACAAAAAAGUACACUGCAUCAAUUUUCCACAAAAUAUUUUAAAAGUUGUAUUACUGAGCUGUUUGAGACCACUUUAAACCCCCAGUAAGUCUGACCCCCGCCUUAAAGUACAGCAUUCUUUCAGCUUUAUUGGAUUAGGAUGUCUGCUGUCUGCUAAUUAAAUUGGUUAAGACUUUAGGUCUCUUGAAGCCAUGUGGUGAGCUGUUUUGGCUUGUUGUUGUAGCUGUGCUCUAGGAAAGAUCAGUAAGUUUCUACAUUCUGAUUCCGGACCAUUUCCAUUCACCCAGACUUUGAAGUUAAAUAUCUGGGCCAAGCAACUUGACUGUUCUCACUCAGUUGAGACUUAAUGGGUGAGUAACACCUUUGAUUUAAAAGGGAAAGUGGGUAAUUUCCCACAUUUGAGAGGUAAAAAUGGUGUAAAUAUGAGGCUGUUAACCAAUAACAGUUAUUGCUCUUAAAAUACAUUCCACUUCAGGCAUUUUAAGUAGAGAAUUUUACUGUGGGAGUUGUACAACACCUGGAGAGUUCAUAACCCCUGUCGCACAGGCAGAUGUAUACAUACAGUUACCUAGAAAAAUGCAACCACAAGUAUAAAUAAAUGAAUGGAACUCAUUUUAUUUACACCUUCACAAUUCCAUUUUGAUUCGAAAACGUUUAGUUGCAUAAAGCUAACAUCUGUAAACUUAGCACUAAAUAAAGAUCUGAAUGAAAAAAAAUCUAAAAUUAGUGUAUAUGAGUAAUCUGUGGCUGUUUGUUUAAAAAUGAUUUGCAAGACAUGUUGAAACACAAGCAGUCUGCACACUGCAACUGAAGUGUUUUGAUUGUACCUGCCUUAUUAUGCAAGCAUUUUAAUUACAUAAGAGGAAAUCAUUAAGCAAAGGCCACUGUGAAUUAGCCUGCAGUCUAUGUUAAACAGUACCCACAAGCCAACACACAACAGUGGUAGCCUUUUAAACCAAUUAAUGUUCUGUGUUUUUUUCUACCUCAUGGUGAUGAUUGCUGUGAACAUGCCAGUCUCUUUCGCUAUCAGUUAGCUAUCAGGUUAACCCAUGACCACAUUAAGUGGCAUUGACCGUACUAUGAAACGGAUCGGGAGCCAAGUGUUAAAAGAGGUUUAAGUUCAGGCCAUUUCGUUUCUUCAACAUGAGAGAGCACAUGGGUAGGCACUUCAGUAACAAAAAUCAUCAGUAUGGGCGAACAGAAUUUUUAUAGAUUUCAGCUACAGUCAGAGAGAACAAUUCCACCUGCGUGACCUGAUAGAUCUUCAUUGUACUUUAUGAGAACAAUCCACCAUGGCUACUUCACUAUGUCUCAUCUUUUCUUUGCUUGGCCUGGCCAUGGUGGGAGGGGUGAAGAACUGCCAUCCACGAUGUCGAUGUGAGGUGGAGAGCUUUGGUCUUUUUGACAGUUUCAGCCUCACCAAGGUGGACUGUAGUGGGAUUGGCCCUGGGACUGCUCCAGUCCCCAUCCCUCUGGACACUUCCCAUCUCGACCUCUCCUUGAAUUCUUUUGCCUCCAUCACUGACUCAAUGCUCUCUGGCCCGGGUUACACCACCUUGGUCAGUCUGGACUUAAGCAACAAUCUCAUAUCUCAAGUAAGUCCCAAAGCAUUCUCCAAGCUUCGCUACCUUGAGACGUUGGACUUGAGCAACAAUGCUCUUGAGAGUCUCACCGAUGGCUGCUUUACCGGUCUCCCUCUGGUUGAGGUGGACCUUAGUGAAAACCGAUUCAAAGAGUUCAGUCUGGAUCUCUUUACUACCAGGGUACAGGAUAUACCAAUCAUGGUGGACCUGUCCAAAAACCUUCUUGCCUCUAUUUCCAGGAGAACACUUGGCCAUCCUCUGUACAUAAAGAGUCUUAUGCUUGCAGGGAAUAGAUUGAAGACGGUGCCAAUGCUUACUGGAAUUCCUCUUCAGUAUCUCAACCUGGAUGGAAAUCUCAUCUCCAACAUUGACACAGGGGCCUUUGAUUCAAUGACGGAACUUAUUUACCUGUCUCUCAGCGGCCUACCUGAGCUGACAAUGAUACAAUCUGGUGGCUUCAGGGGCCUGAGGAAUCUUCAAGUCUUAGACCUAUCAAACAACAGCCAACUCAAGACUUUGAAUCCAGAUGUAUUUGGUGGACUCGUCUCUUUACAAGAGCUUAAUUUGUCCAAUACUACCGUCACACCAUUGUCGCGGACUGUCUUUACCCUAAUGCCGAGUAUAAAAAGUAUAAUUCUGGGGCCAAAUGUACAUUGCUGGAAGACGCACAAGCAAGGACAAUUUCAUAGACAGAUAGGACAGGCCAAACCCAAUGAUAUACUUACCUGUGAUGUUGCAGGUAUGAUCUUAUAAGCCUGAAAUGCCAAGAAAGAUAUGAUAUAUGAGCAUUUGUCCAUCUCUGUGCCUUAUUCCACAAAAUAUUUUUUUUUUUUAAUUCCAAGUUGCAUUUUAUUUGCACAUACUAUGCCUAUACCUAAGGUCCUUUACUUUACAUGUGUUCAUUGCAUUCCCACACGCAAAGUACAUUGUGUGGACCCAUGCACUUUAGUUCACACAGUUCUGUUCUUCUCGUAUUUAAUAUGUUACUCUUAUUUUUUUGUGUGAUGUCAGGUCAGAUGUGAUGUGUUGUCAGACUGGAUCAAGUUGACUAUAUUAAUUCUUUAAGACAUUUUGUAAAAACCAAAGUAGCAGGUAAAGUCUGUGCCUUACAAUGUGUUCAUUAACUAUUUAGAGCACAGCUGAUGUAACUGAGUUAACCGCUCUGGAACAGUACACUUCUAAUGAGACUUAAGUUUUGAGGCCCCUCAUUAACUUAAAGCUUUUUAGGUUACAGUUACAUUAUGUUUGAUCACAUUUUCAGAAACUUGAUUACAGAAUAAUUUACAAUGGGCCUUCAUUACUGAUGGCAAUACAGUCUAGAGUGUUUUGUUAUUUGUGUAAUUUGUGUAAUUUGUUAACAUGGACAUUUACUUUUUCAUAGAAGCCCUUUGAAUGAAUUACAAUAUGUGACAUUUUGGAAUUUAAAAAUUGAUUUUGCACAGUAAUUAAAUUUGUUAGAUCAGAAGUGAAGCCUUUUUCUAUUAAACCUUAAAACAUAAUUUACAAAAUGCACAUCACUAAUAAUUUUAUACAUCUGUAAUUUGGAGGCAUGUCUGUCACUGAUGUUAACAUGACAUUGCUCUGAAAUUUUGCACUUUUAAUUUUCUCAUGAGGUUAAUUGAGAUUUGAAUGGAUUGAUAGCAUGAUAGCUGUCCAUCAUGUUAGGAAUGUUUUAUAUUUGUAUACUCUGUUAAUAAAUGAUAAUCGACUUAUAUCAGUAUUGUACUUCCAAAGCUCUACAAGUUCUUUAAUGAAUAGUUGACCCCAAAACUAAAAUUCUGUCACCAUUUACUUACCCUCUUGUCAUUAAAAACCCACGUGAAUUGUUAUUCUUUCAUGUUCAUCACACAUACUGUAUGGCUUUAGUAUACUUGUGAUAUAGCACACAAGUAGUUUUGACUACAUUUAUGAAACCUCUAUGGUGCUUUUUGUCAUUUUUGGAACUCAACCGUCUGCAUUUCCAUGUACUUUCAGUACAUGGAAAGGAGUGGCCAGUACCUUUAAAAUUGAUCCUUUUGUGUUCCACAGAAAAAAAGUCAUAUGUGUUUUGAACACCAUGCGAGUGAGCAAAUGACAGAAGUUUUAUUUUUGUGAACCAUCCCUUAAAGCCUGUGCAAACCUGUUAACAUGUGCCCAUUUUGAGCACAAGCCUAAAAGGACAAACUCAAAAUACAAUGCUGUAGUUCAUUCCCAAAUUGUAUUACAGGCAUAAAUUUGGUCUCUUUUGAAAGGAGACGCUUGGAAGGUUGUUAUUAAAAAGUAAAAAUCAAUAAAAGUAAUGAAAACAAUUUGUUAGAAAAGCUCACAUUUGUUGUAAAGUGAUUAGCUAUUUUUUAAACAAAUAAUAAUAAUAAAAAUAUUUAUAUGAAAUAA